AUGCUCGCCUCAAGCAUCCUCUUAGCCUUCGGCCUCCUCAUCGCCAAAAGCUCAGCUUCCCCCAUCGACGCCAACGCCUCUUUCAACGAAACAAUAUCCCCCCGAGCAGGCACACCCAGCUCAACUGGCACAAACAACGGCUUCUACUACUCCUGGUGGACCGACGGCGGCGCCGACGCAACCUACACCAACGGCCCAGGCGGCCAAUACAGCAUCAAAUGGGGCCCCGGCGGCAACCUCGUCGGCGGCAAAGGCUGGAACCCGGGCAGCAACACCCGAGCAAUCAGCUACACAGCCGCCUACACGCCCACAGGCAACAGCUACCUCAGCAUCUACGGCUGGACGCGCAACCCGCUAAUCGAAUACUACAUAGUCGAGAACUACGGCACGUACGACCCGUCGUCCGCCGCAACGGCCAAGGGCAGCGUCACGGCAGACGGGAGCGCGUACAAAAUUCUGCAAACGACGCGCACGAACCAGCCGAGUAUAGACGGCACGCGGACAUUUCAGCAGUUCUGGUCGGUGCGCAGUGCGAAGCGCUCCGCCGGGACGGUGGAUGUGGCGAGGCAUUUUGAGGCGUGGGCGAAGCUGGGCAUGAGGCUUGGGACUGAGCAUAAUUAUCAGAUUGUGGCGACGGAGGGGUAUUUUAGUAGUGGGAGUGCGACGGUGACGGUGUCGGAGGGGGUGGGUGGGAGUCCGUCUGAUCCUGCGCCGCCGUCGAGCCCGUCGACUUCUCCUCCUGAUGGUGGUGGCUCUUGUGCCGCUCUAUAUGGUCAGUGCGGAGGGCAAGGAUGGCCAGGAGCCACAUGCUGCGCAACGGGAACGUGUAAAGCCUCAAAUGCGUUCUAUUCGCAGUGUCUGUGA